AUGAAGCGGACUUUGUCGCAGGCCCAGCUGGAAAUUAUUAACACGAACAAGGACGCAGACAGCAACAUGGCUCCUGGUGCUGACGACGAAGGCUUCAUGGAUCACGACGCCCAGGUGGCCCAUGGCGGACCCGUCGACGUGACAGUCGUGGGAGCAGGGCCAUCUGGAUUAAUGCUUGCCUGCAAUCUGGUCCGACACGGCAUCAAAACCGUCAUUCUGGACGACCGGCCAGACAGGACGUCGACCGGCAGGGCAGAUGGAAUGCAGCCAAAGACGAUCGAGACCUUCAAACAACUCCGACUCGCAUAUCCGCUGUUAAGGGACGCGGAGAGCACACCAACCAGCCCCCUUCGACGGACAGGCCGACAGAUCCAUUAUCCGGACCAUCUCGUCGGAGCUCUGGAUCCUUAUAUCCUCCUCGCCCAUCAGGGAAUGCUGGAGGAAGUUCUGAUAAAGGACAUCGAAGAGCGCGGUGUCCAGGUCACAAGAAACAGCCCCUUUGUUGAGUGUUCGGCAGCAGCGGAGGCACCGAGCAAUGAGUCCUUGAUUGAUGUCGUCUACGAAGACCGGGCCAACCAGACCACAAAGACCAUUCAAUCAAACUAUCUGAUCGGGUGUGAUGGUGCUCGCUCUAAAGUUCGGGCUUUCAUUCCCGGGGCAAAGCUCAUUGGAGAAGUGACCAAUGCGUCGUGGGGGGUACUAGACGAUCAAGCUGAGAUGAUCUUCUCAGGUGUCAUCGAGACGGAUUUCCCAGAUCUAUGGAGUAAAACGGCAGUGCGCUCCCACGACGGCACCUCGAUUCUGUGGAUCCCUCGAGAACGCAACAUGACCCGUCUGUACGUCGAACUUAGCCCGACAGACGGCGAUCGCAUCGACAAGUCCAUUGCCACGCCGGAUGCUGAUUUCGUAGAGUGGUUUGGGAACUACGUCGUCGGCCAGCGAGUGGCCAACCACUUCGCCGAUCCUGGACUACAUCUUUUUAUUGCGGGAGAUGCCGGCCACUGCCACUCCGCCCUGGCCGCCCAAGGCGCCAACACCAGCAUUCACGACAGCUUCAACCUCGCCUGGAAGCUCAACCUCGUCAUCCGGGAUCUGGCCGUCCCAGAGCUUCUGGCGACCUACGAGGACGAACGACGCAAGAUCGCACAGGACCUGAUCAACUUUGACGCGGAGCACGUCAAGGCGUUUGCGGACGGCGACGAGGCUCUGGCGCGGAAUUUCCACGAGAACAUCCGCUUCAUCGCUGGCGUGGGUGCUGAAUACGCUCCUAAUAUUCUAAACCAGCCACUAUCUUUGCAAGAUGGCUCCGGCUUCACAGGCUCCCUCAAACCAGGCGCCAUCCUCACGCCCCCGACGCAAGUGACGCGCUACAUCGACGCCAACCCAGUCCAUCUGCAGCUGGACAUCCCCAUGCUGAGCCAAUUCCGGAUCUAUAUCUUUGCACCGGACAUCAACGCAUCAAAGGACUUUUUGGACUCGCUCUGCGCGUAUCUGUCGUCGCCGUCGUCGCUGCUGUCGCGCGCUUCGGCCAGGGCAGAGACGUCUUACGCCGCCAAACCUCCUCGUCGAUCUCCUUCGGACGAGUUCACCACCUACCCGGAGCGAUACACGACGGUAUCCAAACUCUUCACCUACGCGCUCGUCACGCGCACAAAGAAACAGGACUUUGAAAUCUCCUCGCUGCCCUCGUCAUCAUCCUCCUCCCCUUCGCCACAUGUCCUCCACCCUCUCCUCCAGGCCAGUCGGUGGACAAUCUACCUCGACGACAUCACAACCCAGCCAAAGAGCUGUACGGAGACAUAUCUCGGUUCUGCUUUCCUGACCGAGGGGAAACGGGUAGCCAUCGUCAAUGUCCGCCCGGACGGGUAUGUCGGGAGCAUGAAUGUCUUUGGUGCGGCUGGCGGUCGCAACGCAGGCGAAGAGGCAGGGAGGUGGGUGGAGGGGUAUUAUGGGAGGUUUUUGAAGGGCUAA